AUGUCUUCUCAAUUCGAUGAUGAGUGGAAGACUCGCGCCCUCGCGGCGUUGAGCGAGUUCGCGCCAGCUUUGCUGGCACAGGAGGCUCGCCUCCGACAGAUCAUCAACGACUAUGGCCGCACCUCCCAGGGCGGGGAGGUGCGCGCUGUAAUGCGCCAGUUGAGGGAGGUCUUCGACCUCGACGAAGUAGUCGACGCUCCGGCGUUGGAUGAUGUCUUGAGGUCGCCCUCUUCUUCCGCCCUCCCUCCCUCUCUCUCUCCGGCUGCCGAAGCAGCAACAGCAGCGCCCUCCGCUCCUCCGGUGGCAGCUCUCUCUCCUCGCCGCCGGCCCUCCUCCCCUCCCGUUCGCCCUCCGCCGGCUCUUCUUCCUGUCCUUUCUGCUCCUCAGCAGAAGGACACCCUUCCCCCAACAACCAACGGCGACGGCGACGGCUACCAUGUUGACACCGAUGAUUCCGGCACGGAGCGACCAACCAAGCGCCAACGCCGUGAAGGGGCUCCGGCCAAAAAACAACCAAAAACCGUCGUGGAUGCUCCAGUCAAGGAGCCAAUCCCAGAGGCGGUCCGACAGCAGGCAAGUCUAUCAAAGACGACAACUAUUCAGACAAAUAAGAAUAAGUUGUCCACCGGAAUGCAGUGGAGAUUUGUCUGCGACGUCAAAGACUGCGAUGUCGACAGAAGCACACCAGGAGAUUUCCAUGCUCACAUGAAAAAACACGGUCGGGACAAUGGCUGGUCGAUUAAGAGAUCAUGCCCACCUGCCGAGCUCUACUGGAUUGCAGAGGACGACGCUGGAAAGGUCUACUCGGGAAAGAUAAUCCAAAUUGACACCAAGAAGGCGGAAAAGGAAGCGAAAAAGAAAGAGAAUAAGGAGAAGAGGAAGACGCGGGACAAGUCGAAAAAACAGAACUGA